AUGAUUGCCAUGUCAAACUCAAAACCCAAAAAUGCUGUAGAUUUAGAACGAUUGAAGGCUGAGUUCAAAGAAUUAGACAUUUCUCUUUCAAAAGCACUAUGGUUUAAUCAUCCAUUACAGCAUUAUCAAGGAUUUUGGUGUCCAACAAUUGUUCUUGAGAAUAUAAAGGCUAAAGAAGGAACCAAAAGCACAUGUAAGAAAGUUGGCAGAUUUUAUAGUUUUCAAAGUUUGAAGGAAAUGGAUGUGAACAAGAAUGGAAAAUCAGCUCCGGCUUUUGAUAACAAUGUUUUCUUCAGGAAAGGAAAGGUAGGAGAAUGGAAGAAUGAAUUGAGUCCAUUAAUGGCGAAAAAAAUUGUUCAACUUUUGCAUGGAAAGCUCAAGGAAGCUGGUUUUGCUUUCACUUACUAUCAACCACCGGAUUUAUCACAUUGA